AUAUAUGUGAUAAGAUAAGAACAGCGAUGCAACGUUUAAAAUAACUUCUACUUUCGCAAAUUAUAUGCAGUUUGCAAAAUGUGGGCGUUGUUCAUACUGCUUUUAGGUUCUCAAGGCUACUACCAAGUGUUAGCGAAGACACAAUUACUAUUCGCAAAUGUUACUGGAACUGGACGAAAUGCAAGGGUGGAGGCAGAGUGUUACAAUGAUGAUUACAAUGACGCCAUUGCAUGGAUCACACCACCACAGAACAAUAAUAUUUUGUCAAUGUCAGAUAAUUUAGGUUCUAUUGACUUUAAUUGGGAUAAGGCCGGAUGGGCUUCUGAUUUUGCCUAUAAAGGAAUGUUUGGGCCAAUCAUGGAUUACUCAUGGGAAACAUUCCCAAUUAUUAAAACACAAAGAGCCGAACCAAAAAUUGAGAAAUACAAUUUUGAAAAGCUAGACCCAAUAAAAAUAUUUAAUCAAUUCGAAUUAAAUUUUUCAUUUUUGGGAAAAUCAAAUGCACAAAUUUACAUGUGCACCGGUGCGCAAGUACAAAAGAGUGCUUGCUUCAUAUUUAUUUUAGGCGGUUGGGAAGGAACGGGUAGUAUUUUAAGACGGUGCAAAAAUGGUACAUCACCUAUUAUCUCAAAUGAUAAAUUGGAUGGAUGUGAAAAUGUUGUUAAGAAAAAAGAACAUGGAUCACUCUUCUCAGAAGAUAAUUGGAGCCAUAUAUCAAUAAGAUAUUCUAAUCAACAAUUGCAAGUGAUUGUUGAUGACAAUUCAUUAAUGUUAUACAAUGCAGCGAAUAACAGCGAAUUUAAUCAGUAUGAAAGAUUGUUUAUUCACUCAUUUAACGAGACCGCUUUGUGGAAAUAUCAUAAUUAUUUAUACCAUGAAGCUCGAAGUGUUAAAAAUGGGUAUAUAGAUAGCAAUUGGUUUUAUGUAAAUUCUGGUCAACUAUGCAUUUCGUUCUUUGCAAACUUUGAGAAAGAAACGACUAUAUCACUAUAUGGCUAUAGUGACAAUGACAUACCCAAGCAAAUUAAAACAUUCAAUUAUGAGGGUGAUAAAAACCUGCAAUGGAAUUACAAGACAUUGAAUAGUUCAGAAGUGGAAAACAAUACAUACAUAUUGCGUAUAAAUGUGGAUGAAGAAAAUAUCAUAGCAAUUCGAAACGUAAUACAUCAAGUAAAUUGCGGAAGAACUAAACGUAAUCAAUUCCAUUCAUCAAUAUUGUCAUUCGAUGGUUUGCCGCUCAAAACAAAGUGUACAUCCCUUCGAGAAAAAAGCGCACAACUUGCAUUGAGACAAGCAAGUAUUAAUAGCGACACUGAGAAACAGAACUCUUUGUGUACUACUUUGUAUAAUAAUACAGUUUGCCAACACCGAAUAAUAUGCAAUGAAGAAUUCUGUUAUUGCUCAAUGGGUUUCCAUGGAACUUAUUGUGAAAGUGGUAAACAAAAUGUAUUCCACAUCAUUUCUAAUACAUCUAAAACAAUAUGUUGCAGCCUGUAA